CAGCAUACAUAGCCACAAUGUCAGAUUCAAACAGCCCUUCUCGACUUCUCGUCGUCUCUAACCGUCUGCCGAUCACCAUUAAGCGUGAUGACAACGGCAAAUACGACUUCUCCAUGUCCUCCGGUGGUCUCGUGUCCGCCUUGUCCGGGUUGAAGAAGAGUGUUGAUUUCACAUGGAUUGGAUGGCCUGGUCUUGAAAUCCCGGAGAAUGAGCGCGAUUUCGUCGUGAAGCGCCUUAUGGAUGAGUACAGCACAAUGCCCGUCUUCUUGGAUGAUGAGUUGGCCGAUCGUCACUACAACGGUUUCUCCAACUCAAUUCUGUGGCCCUUGUUCCACUACCACCCCGGAGAGAUCAACUUUGACGAGCCCAGCUGGGAGGCAUACCAGGAGGCUAACCGCCUCUUCGCCAAGGCUAUCGUUCCCAUCGUAGAAGAUGGUGACAUGAUCUGGAUCCAGGAUUACCACCUUAUGCUCCUCCCUCAGAUGCUUCGCGAGGAGAUCGGUAACUCCAAGAAGAACGUCAAGAUCGGAUGGUUCUUGCACACCCCAUUCCCUUCGAGUGAAUUCUACAGAAUUUUGCCUGUCCGCAACGAGAUCUUGCUCGGUAUCCUCAGCUGUGAUCUCAUCGGAUUCCACACCUACGACUACGCCCGCCACUUCUUGUCUUCUUGCUCAAGAAUAUUGGGUUUGAGAACUCUACCAAACGGAGUAGAGUACAACGGGCGUAUGGUCAGCGUGGGUACUUUCCCCAUCGGCAUCGACCCUGAGAAGUUCACGGAGGCGUUGGAGCAACCCAAGGUACAGCAGCGUAUCGCCGCGCUCGAGAAGAAGUUCCAGGGCGUCAAAUUGAUCGUCGGUGUCGACCGUCUUGACUACAUCAAGGGUGUUCCCCAGAAGCUUCAUGCCCUCGAGGUGUUCUUGACCGAGCACCCCGAAUGGAUCGGAAAGGUUGUACUCGUGCAGGUCGCGGUGCCUUCCCGUCAGGAUGUCGAGGAGUACCAGAACUUGCGCGCUGUCGUCAACGAGCUUGUCGGUCGUAUCAACGGAAAGUUCGGUACCAUCGAGUUCAUGCCUAUUCACUUCAUGCACAAGUCCGUCUCUUUCGACGAGCUUGUUGCUCUCUACGCUGUCUCUGACGUCUGUCUCGUCUCUUCUACCCGUGACGGGAUGAACCUUGUUUCUUACGAGUACAUCUGCACCCAGCAGAAGCGCCACGGUGUCAUGAUCUUGUCCGAAUUCGCUGGUGCUGCACAGUCUCUCAACGGUUCUUUGAUCGUGAACCCAUGGAAUUGCGAAGAGUUGGCUGGAAGCAUCAACGAUGCCAUCACCAUGUCCGACGAGCAGCGUGCGGCUAACUUUGACAAGCUGUAUCGCUAUGUCACCAAGUAUACCGCAGCUUACUGGGGUCAGAGCUUCGUGAGUGAGUUGACUAGGAUCUCUGCUGAGGGUGCCGAGGAGAUCAAGAAGGUGGAAGUGUCCAAGUGAACGCGAUGAACGCGGAGAAAUG